CUGCAGAUAGUCCACGCCACCACCGCAACAUGACUUUCACCACUGUGCUGCAUGUCGCAGCUCUGCUCCUGCUGCAAGGGGAUUUUCCAGGAGCUGGCAGUGAAACCAUAACCCUACAGGAAGGAGAGGACCUGAACCUCCGCUGUACCCUCAGCGGUGACAGCAGAGCCAUCAGGCAGUGGCUAAACCCCCGUGGGUUUACCAUUUUCCUUGACAAUCGUUGGGCCUUAAAAGAUCCGAGGUACAAACUUACCCGUUAUUCAGAGGAUGAACUGUCUGUCAGACUCUCUAACGUAACGGUGCAUGAUGAAGGCAUAUAUAAAUGCUUCUACUACAGCACACCGUUCAAAAGCAAGAUGACAACUGUUGAGGUGUUAGCUGCUCCUUCUAAGCCUGUACUGCAUGUAUCCCGAGACGCAGAAGGAAGCAUUACAUUAUCUUGCUAUACCCAAGGGUGUAAACCACAGCCCCAGGUUACCUGGCUGUUGGAUAAUGGAAUACAGCUUCCCGGUGACACCAGGCACAAGUUAGAAGCCAACGGGAAGAAAUGGACCACAACCAGCACCCUCACAGUCCUGGCAUAUGGGCCCAACUCAACAGCCAGCUGCCUCGUUCACCACAAAGCACUGGGAGGAGGGAAGCUGACAGCGCCUUUCCAGUUUGAGGACGUUGCGAGGACAGUGACAAACACAACCCCUGACUCAACUACACUAGAGGUGGAUACGUAUGUCUCUGAAUAUGUGCAGCCUACAGUGACCACAGCAGAGUCAGAUCUGAACAGCAAUACAGACUUCCCUCCAACCUACCCACAACAUAAUGGGCCCGGAGCAACGACAUCAGCUGCAGCAGGAGAGCUGUCUGGUACCUCUGCUCACCACAUCCCUAACGGCACUGAAACAGCACUCAAUGCCACAGUCACAGAGCAACUUUUCAGGACAGAAGCCUCCUUCCCAAGUAAAAACGUAACUCUGAUUUCCAACAGCACCUCUGAGCAAGAUGUGAAAUCUGAAGGCAUGAGUAAGAAGGAGAAGGAUUUCCUGCUGCCACUCCUGGUGGCAGUUCUCAUUGUCGUGCUGCUCAUCAUUGUAGUGCUUUUUACAUGGAAGCUGAAGAAAGCUCAUGGAGUUUGGAAGAGAGAAAAUGAUACUUCAGACCAGACUUUGGAGAGUUAUAAAUCCAGAUCUAACGAAGAAAGCCCAGGCCAUGAGAAGAGCAGACAAGUUGUCAAUCAGAAGUCCAACGUGCAGUAUGUAACAGAAGGAUAUGUGGAAGCAACACAGAAGAAUCCAAGCGAGAAAAACACUACAAUACCUGAGGAACAGUUUGCAUGUGGAAAAGAAACAGAUGUAUAGCAAAGGGAUCCUCCUGGCAAGCCUAUAAAAUGUACAGAAACACCACUGUUUUCUGGCAUUUAUGUUUCAGCAUUCACAAAUCAGUAUGAUUUCAGGGAGCAGACAUACAAACAGUUGCCUGAAAUCCCAAAGGCAAUUUGGAUUGUUUUCGUCUGAAGGUUGGUAGAUAGGGACAGUGCUCCUACAUAUCUGUUCAUACAUAUGAAGACCGACUUAGCUCAGUCCUCAAAGGAUUUAAUUCACAGCUGGACUAUGUGAUUUUAAUGAUCUUUUCCAACCUUUAUGAUUUCAUGAUAAUCAAUCACUGCCAGAAAUACAGGUCCUCAAUCCACCCUAAUUGCUAUUAAGGUCCUGGCAAAGAAAACUGCAAUUAGUCCCAAGGGACACAGGAUAUGCAGACAGUCAGCACCACUUCUGCCACCUCCCCUGUAAGCACAGGACUGACCAGGAAACUUUGAGUGAUGGAAACCAAUCGGUACUUCUAACAUCUCAUUCUGACAACCAAACCUGGGCACCCAGCUGUAUUUACCCAAAUAUCCUGAUGCCAGAGGCGUUUAAAAACAACAUGGCUGUCUUCUAUGGAAAUCUUGAGGUGACAAAGGAGAAGAGGAACCACACAGUGGGACUCUGCAACCCAGGGGUGAAUGCACUUGCCUGUGGUGGGAAAGGUGUGAGAAGCAGCAGGACGUUCCCUCUGCAGACCAACACAGUGAUGUCAGCAGGAGCUCUUCUUCUGCAGGAGCCUCGUGCUGUGGUUCUGUAAGGCACAACCAGGCUCCUGAAAUAAAGGGAAUGUUCUACAGGACAAAGCCGUGUUUAUUCUUCUCAUUAAGGAUGGUCAUUCCUCGCCAGACUUUAUUCUGCAAACUGGUCUUGGAUAUCGAAUUAAGUAAAUGCCCUUGAAGCGACUGCUAGAAAUAUUUCAUUUUUAUGUGCAAAAAAUGAAA